AACAUAAGGAAGUGAGCAUUCAGCCACGCCAUUUUGAGAAAACGGCCAGUCACAGCAGUGGGCAGACUGUGUUCAUAGCUACUGGAGUCGUCGUGCAGUCAUGCGAUAUAGCUGUUUUUAAUUCAAUAUUUCUAUGUUUAAAUACUGUUGAAAUUUGUAAUAUAGGUAAACUAAACGUAACCAGUAAUGGCCACGGAAGCAACCGCCGACCAGGCAGCUGAGUAUAUCCCGGAGAAGGUUAAGAAAGCAGAGAAGAAGUUGGAAGAAAACCCAUAUGACCUUGACGCAUGGAGCAUUCUGAUUCGAGAAGCACAGAACCAACCAAUAGACAAAGCAAGGAAGACGUAUGAACGACUUGUGGCCCAGUUCCCAAGCUCGGGCAGAUUCUGGAAACUAUUCAUUGAAGCGGAGAUCAAGGCAAAAAACUAUGACAAGGUAGAAAAGUUGUUUCAGAGAUGUCUGAUGAAAGUGCUGCACAUUGACCUGUGGAAAUGCUACCUCUCCUACGUCCGAGAGACGAAAGGAAAGCUACCCAGCUACAAAGAGAAGAUGGCGCAGGCGUAUGACUUUGCGCUGGAUAAAAUCGGCAUGGAGAUCAUGUCCUACCAGAUAUGGGUGGACUACAUCAACUUCCUCAAAGGAGUUGAGGCGGUUGGUUCGUACGCUGAAAACCAGCGAAUCACGGCGGUGCGCAGGGUCUACCAGAGAGGCUGCGUGAACCCCAUGAUCAACAUCGAGCAGCUCUGGAGAGACUACAGCAAGUAUGAGGAGGGCAUCAACGUACAUCUGGCCAAGAAGAUGAUUGAGGACCGCAGCAGAGACUACAUGAACGCUAGGAGAGUGGCCAAGGAAUAUGAGACUGUGAUGAAGGGUCUGGAUAGGAACGCCCCCUCGGUGCCCCCACAGAACUCCCCCCAGGAGGCGGUGCAGGUGGAGAUGUGGAAGAAGUACAUCCAAUGGGAGAAGAGCAACCCGCUCCGCACAGAGGACCAGACACUCAUCACUAAGAGAGUGAUGUUUGCCUAUGAGCAGUGUCUGUUGGUGCUGGGUCAUCACCCUGAUGUGUGGUAUGAGGCUGCCCAGUAUCUGGACCAGUCCAGUAAACUACUGGCAGAGAAGGGGGACAUGAACAACUCUAAGGUGUUCAGUGACGAAGCAGCUAACAUCUACGAGCGCGCCAUCGGUACUCUACUGAAGAAGAACAUGCUGCUGUACUUCUCAUUCGCUGACUACGAGGAGAGUCGAUUGAAGCAUGAAAAGGUCCACAGCAUCUACAACCGUCUGCUGGCCAUCGAGGACAUCGACCCCACGCUGGUCUACAUCCAGUACAUGAAGUUUGGCAGGCGGGCCGAGGGCAUCAAGUCAGGCCGCAUCAUCUUUAAGAAGGCCCGGGAGGACAUGCGCACGCGUCACCACGUCUACGUGACUGCAGCACUGAUGGAGUACUACUGCAGUAAGGACAAAUCAGUGGCCUUUAAGAUAUUUGAACUGGGCUUGAAGAAAUAUGGAGACAUUCCAGAGUAUAUACUUGCAUACAUCGAUUACCUCUCACACCUUAAUGAGGACAACAACACCAGAGUUCUGUUUGAGCGUGUUCUCACCUCGGGAAGCCUGUCGCCAGAGAAGUCUGGUGAGAUCUGGGCACGUUUCUUGGCCUUUGAGAGUAACAUCGGGGACCUGGCCAGUAUCCUGAAGGUGGAGCGCAGGCGUUUCACGGCCUUCAAGGAUGAGUACGAAGGCAAGGAGACAGCCCUGCUGGUGGACAGAUACAAGUUCAUGGACCUGUACCCCUGUUCUGCCAGUGAGCUCAAAGCCCUCGGAUACAAGGACGUGUCCCGUGCCAAACUGGCGGCGUUGCUCCAGACAGAGACGGUGGUGACUCCAUCGGCUCCCACGCAAAAGGACGAGGCCGACCGCAAACCAGAGUACCCCAAACCUGACACCAGCCAGAUGAUCCCCUACCAACCACGACACAUGGCCCCUCCAGGACUGCACCCCUACCAGCUACCAGACCUGUCUAUUCACAGUGCCAACACCCCACCACUCACUGUUGGUGACAUCACAGUACCAACACCCCACCACUCAGUGUUGGUGACAUCAUGUGGCUGUUGUGCUGAUGUUGUGGUGUUUCUGCAGGGGCCCUUUGUGCAGGUGGAUGAACUGAUGGAGAGCUUCAGGAGAUGUACACUACCAGAGACUGUAGAUGCAGCAGUAGAGUUGAUAACGGGCAGGCAGCCUGAUGCCGGCGGAGAAGGGAACGGUUCCAUGGAGAACCACGCCAUGACCAAGUCACUGAAGAGACCCAAUGCAGACUCUGAUGAAGAGGAGGACAAGGGCGCUGUGGCCCCACCCGUUCACGACAUCUACCGCGCUCGCCAGCAGAAGAGGAUCCGGUGAACACACACUCACUCAGACACACGCACACUUGGGAUGGACUCUGUACAGGAAUGUAAACCCAUUACGUCAAACCUUUUAGGGCAAACAGACUCGUCUGCAGUUUGUCUGGAAGAUUCUUUAUAUCCAACCAUCGUUGGUUCCUCUACACCUGUGUUUGUUUUUUUGUUGUUGGUGUUUUUUUAACAGUUUUAUUUUUUAAAGCUGGGUGACUAAUACUGUCCAAAGUUUUUAAUUCAACCCUUAAUUUGACACUCAGCUGUUUGGCCUUGUGAACCUCUGGUGAUGGACAAAUGGAAUUGACCUGUUUUUCUAGUCAAAUUGAGAGAAUACAUUUCCUUUCAAUAAACAGAGGAGAAAAGAACCAAAACUAAA